CGUUGCUCCUGCAAGCCGGGCUACCUAUGUCCCGCGGAGGGCAUGGUCCCAGUUUGCGGGCACAGCAACAGGCAGCUUAGGUCCUAUUGCCAGGUAACGACAUGCACCAUAGCCGCCGAGCAAGGCGCCGUCGUCGCCAGCCAGAGUCUCGGGUUGAAUUCCCGCUGGCGCCGCUCUUACCAAAGAUGUUAAGGUUUAAAAAGAACUCGUACCGGAGACUUCGCAUACGUUGUCAAUCAGCUUCUUAAUGAGCGAUGGAGUUGUCCACAAUAUAUUCAGCAGAAGUCAGAAUAAUUGGUCAUUAAUAAUAAGUUUUCCUCACAUAUGAAAUUUUUGUUUUCGUCUGCGCUCUGGUUAAGUUCAGGUUUGAAAAAGUGGGAGUCGUCUUAUAUUCGAAGAUGAGACGAUUACAAGUUGACAACAUGAGAUUUUCUCUCUGAAUGGAGAGAGUUUCACCGUCUUCUGCGCCGAGUUUUGCUUUAGGCUUAGUGAGUCUUUCAGAGUCAGUGCUUUAUGAGCCCAGUUUAAUCUGCUGGAGCUCCUGAAGGCCGGUGUAACGUCCUUUUAAAUAAAUUAAAGACGGCUGAAAAAGGAGUUCGUAGCGUCUCCCGACGUCUUCGCCGCUGAAACGAACCAGUGAGGGAAAAAAAUCUGUCAAACAGCCAAGAAUCUCGGCUGUCUCAGACGACGAGCUCAGAAAGACGGAAGCCUGAAAAAUAGCGUCAGAGAGAAUGAUUCUGACGACUGAUAGACAAGACACACUGAUGUGUGUUUACGUAAGAGAAAAGGCUUCAGUGAUGAGGACUCUCUUCACCUUGGAUUAAUGGGAGCUCAGGGAAAGUCUCCCAACAGGACGAGUGUCAAAGUGCUUCCUGUCCUCAAAGAGCGAUGGCCGUCUCCUGUCAGACCAGGGAACCCUUCAUGUCCCACUUCGGAACAACCUGCACAGCCGAUCAGCCAAAGUUCAGAGGUUCCGUAGAGCCGGGCACGGGACUAGUGAGGCUCUUUGUUCCCGGCGCCGGGAGCUCUGGAGGAGGUGGGGAGGAGGUACUGGUGUGUGCGGAGCUGUGGGACAUGGCCGCUGCCAACGUGGCCUGCAAGGAGGACGGACACCCGCUUGGCGCCGCGUCAGCUGGCACCACGCCGUACAUCACCUCGGGUAAUUUGCCGGGCAAAUGUGUGAGCGUCCGUUGCCAAGGUUACGAGAACUCCCUGGCCGAAUGUGUGAUCUACGACAAGGUCGGCAUUGACAACGGGGACGUUGCUACGGCAACCUGUUAUCAGCCACCAGACGAGGAGUGCGACUUCAGAUGUGUGAACGGGAAGUGCGUGUCUCUCGGUCAGACGUGCGACGGCGUCGACGACUGUGGCGACCGAAGUGACGAGAUGUGCUGCGAGGGUUGCAGGAACGGGGCUUUCCGCUGCAGCACGGGUGUGUGUUUGCAUAAAGAAGCCGUCGGUGACGGACUGAUCGACUGCCUGGAUGGCGAGGAUGAAUCAAAGAAACACACAAAGCCAGAGACGUCGCUUCCUGUUCUCACGAACACAGAGUACACCUCUCCUAAAAAUGAACUGAAGGCCACCAGAGCACAUCUGGAGUCCCAGCUGUACUGUGGGGUUCCUAAUACAAGCAGUUUGAAUGAUGAUGAUGAUGAAGAGGAGCGAGGAAGAGCCAGGCGCUUCAGGAGGUUGGUGGGAGGACUGCCGACAAAACCGACUCAGAUCCAGUGGCAGGUCGCCAUAGAGGUGAACAGGAAGAUUGACUGUGGAGGAGCUUAUAUCGGAGGCUGCUGGGUCAUCACCGCCGCUCACUGCAUCGGACCCAACCCUUCUCUGUCAAUAACAAACACUGGAGUUUCUGGUCAAGACGGCCAAGACAACACUAAGCCUAAUCUUGCUGGGUUUAUGGUGAAGUUUUCUCUCUGGCGGAGGAACAGAGCUCAGAGCUCAACAGACAUCGUUCCUGUUCACAACAUCCACAUCCACCCCAAGUAUAACCCCGUCACCCGUGAGAACGACAUCGCUCUGGUGCAGCUGAAGAAACUUCCGAUGACCGAGGAGUGUUUGAUGAGCAACCCUGCGAUCAGCCCUGUCUGUGUUCCCUGGACCACCAGGCUCUUCCAUGCCAACCACAGCUGUACCAUCUCUGGAUGGGGACAAAGCGCAGAUGGUAGACUGUCUCAGGUCUUACAGUGGGCUAGCGUCUCCCUCAUUGGAGACUGUCAGAGAUUCCACAAUGACAGCUUUAAACCUGGCAUGAUCUGCGCAGGUGAACUGGACGGCAGCGUUGACGCCUGUCAGGGGGACGAUGGAGGUCCACUGGUGUGUGAGGAUGAAUUAGGUGUUUCUUACCUGUGGGGCAUCGUCAGCUGGGGGCAGGGAUGUGGCCGGCCGAGAUCUCCUGGAGUUUAUACACAGGUUGCUCAUUACUUCGAGUGGAUCAGACUACAUACAGGCUGGCCUGCGGUGACCAAGUUCAACUCCUAGGAAACACUCUAACACAACCACUGACAUAAGGAUUACAUUAAUACUUCACCGUGGCUACAGCCAUGUACAGACAGAUUGUGACUGUAACUCUCUUAAUUUUCAACUAAUAAGUUAUUAAUUUGCUGCUGUAGAGAGGAGAUAAAAGCUAUUUCAACCAUUAGCAUUGUGUAGGUUUAUUAAUGUACUGUUAAUAAAACAUAUUCAUGUGAUUACUAAGUUGAUUGGUGUUAUUAACACCUGUGUAUUCAUGUUGAUUAAUGUGCAUUGUCACUCAUGACCUUUCCAUGGUGGACAUACAAACACACGUGGACACAGUCUGUGCCCCAGAUUGCUUCAGCUCAUUGAUCUUGUACGGGCAGGUGUGUUUAGUGGGGGUUGCGUUUGUGGUUGUGUGGACAUGUGGGGAAAACCCAGAUUCCAUUCACCUGAAACCACAGCAAUGAAUUUCACUACAGAAACACGAACAUGUGGAUGCGACCAUCAGUUGGGAGGUUGGGAGUUUGACCUCAGUCUGAGCCCGAGCCCUUUCUGUGCCAGUUUUUUGUGUUGUUUCUCUUAGUCUAAACACACUCUUGCAGCCUUUUUGACAGUGUGUGUUGAGUCCGAUUUUGCUCUAUAUUUCUCUUGUCAAAAAAUCCAAUGAAAAGACCCAAGCCAACAAUGUGUUAAUGCAUCGCUCAACCCUUUCUGAUUCCUCUCCUCUGUCCGUGGCUCUGAGGAGGCACAUUUUUAAAAACACCUCACAAAUAUAUUGCUUGAUAUUUUUA